AUGGCGUCAGAUGAUGCCAAGGCAGAGCGCGAAGAGCGGCUCAAGUCAGCCCUCUGGUACUCUAUCGGCCAAUUCGUUGACGAGAAAUCGUUGGAGAAUGAUCUGAACGCAACACCACAGUUCAUUGGAGCCCUUACUGAGCUUGUAUACACUCAAAUUGCAAACACAGCUCGCGACCUUGAAGUCUUCUCUAAGCACGCUGGUCGCAACACGAUCAACCCCGACGACGUGCUGCUCCUCGGAAGACGUAAUGAGCAACUUCAAGGCUUGCUAGAAAAGGAGCUCGAAAAUAUAAGGGCAGCUGAGGGCAGGCGGGCGGAUGGUCAGCCAGCUGCUCGCGCACAGCCGGCAGCAGCCACAGCAGGGAAGAAGCGAGGCAGGCCUGCAGGGAGUGGCAAAGGCAAGGCGAAAGCUUGA